AUGGUAAACUUUUACCGCCGGUUCCUACCGAACUGUGCCGACCUUAUGCUGCCACUCACCAACUUGCUCUCUGGUCCCAAGGGUCCCCUUGAGUUACGUGGCCACGCGCUGACUGUAUUUGAGAGAAUAAAGACCUCCCUUGCUGAUGCUACCUUGCUCACUCAUCCUGCUCCAGAAGCCCCAUUGUCCCUGAUGGUUGAUGCUUCGACCGUUGCCGUAGGAGCAGUCCUCCAACAGCAUAUCAACAACUCGACACGACCGUUGGCAUUCUUUUCCAAGAAGCUUUCACCUGCCGAGACGAGAUAUAGCACGUUUGGCCGUGAACUUCUUGCCAUUUACUUAGCCGUAAAACAUUUCCGACACUUCCGGGAGGGUCGUGACUUCACCAUUUUCACAGACCACAAACCACUUACAUUUGCCAUCCGAUCCCAUUCUGACAAAUAUAACCCGAGAGAGAUUUCUCAUUUGGAUUACAUUUCGCAAUUCACCACCGACAUCCGCCACAUUGAUGGCCCGAGGAAUGAGGUGGCUGAUAUGCUGUCCAGACCCUCACUGUCUUCCCUCCAAUUCUCACACGGGAUCGAUCUUUGUGCCAUGGCGGCUGAGCAGCAGCGAGUCGGUUGUCCUGGCGACGAGUCUGUUAGUGGUCUCCAACUCAAAGACGUUCCUCUGACCACCGGCUCUGGUACCAUACUUUGUGACGUCUCAACUCCCUUUCAUCGCCCUUUUGUGCCCGCCUCGAUGCGUCGAGCUGUAUUUCAAACUCUGCAUGGACUCUCCCACCCUGGGAUCCGAGCCUCUCAAAAGCUCCUCGCGGAAAGGUUUGUCUGGCCUGGCAUGAACAAGGACGUCGAAGCUUGGGCCCGGUCGUGCCUGAGCUGCCAGCGCAACAAGGUGCAGCGUCACAACAAGUUCCCACCAGGCACUUUCCCCAGUCCCGACGCACGGUUCAGCCAUGUGCACCUGGAUGUCGUAGGCCCCUUGCCUCCAUCCAAUUGUUUCACCUACCUCCUUACCUGUGUCGAUCGAUAUACUCGCUGGGCUGAAGCUAUUCCUUUGCCGAAUGUUCAGGCUGAAACCAUCGUGAAGGCUUUCGUCAGUCGUUGGGUCGCCAUGUUCGGUGCCCCAUCCACGGUUACGACUGAUCGUGGUGCCCAGUUUGAGUCGGCUCUCUUCCAAGCGCUACUCAAUUUUCUUGGCUGCACACGCAUUCGGACGACAGCCUACCACCCAGCUGCCAACGGCAUGGUUGAACGUUUCCAUCGCCAGCUAAAGACCGCCCUGCGUGCCGUCGAAGACCCAGGAAACUGGUCGGACAACCUUCCUCUUGCACUCCUCGGCAUCCGCGCAGCUCUGAAGUCGGAUCUGGGCUGUAGCGCAGCUGAAUUGGUUUUCGGCACUACCCUCCGACUGCCAGGCGAGAUGAUCAUCCCAACCUCUCGUGGAGCCGACGAGACUCCUGACAAUCUUGUGCACCGUUUGCGGCAAUUCAUGCGCUCGCUUUCCCCGGUUCCACCUCGAACUCCUAUGACUGAGUCUUAUGUCGAAAAAGACUUGGACAACUGUACUCAUGUGUUCGUCCGGUGUGACCGUGUGCGCCAGCCGCUGGAAUCACCUUACGAAGGACCGUUCCGUGUGCUCGCGCGCAACGCCAAAACCUUCCGGAUUCUUCGCAGUGACAAGGAGGACGUGGUCAGUGUCGAUCGGGUCAAGGCUGCUGUUGCAGAGGAACCGCCGGACCGGUCACAAGGACAAACAUGUGCUGACCCCCUAACCCCUGUUCCUCCAUCUUCCCUAUCCCCUACUCGUUCACCCUGCCCACUGCCUUGCCCUUCCCCUCCCUUGCCCUCCACCUCUCCGUCCCGCAUACUUCCUCUCCCUACAUGUCAACAGCAUCCAACUGCAACACCAUCGUCCACCACAGCACGCAGUCAACCCUAUUCGACUGUACCUCCUGCAUACAUAACUCGCAGUGGACGUCACGUUCAUUUUUGCGAUCGUUUAGUUACCCAUUUUUUCUAG